GGCUCUAUCUAAAUUCUCGUCUCCACUAUUUGAAAAAAUAAUAAUCCCCCGUCUCUUGCGGUGGAUAUACAGAAGCAGUUACGAAAACAUUACAAUACACACCAACCAAACAAGGAAUAAUAAACACUGCAUGGGAAGGCAAACCUGCAAACUAGUGGCGGUUGCAGCCGUGGCGGCGCUGCUGAUCGCCGCGGUGCACCGACCAUCGCACGGGGCGGAGCACAAGGUCGGAGACGAAGCCGGAUGGACGAUACCGCCGUACGACGACUUGUACGGAGACUGGUCGUCCUCCCGGACAUUCCGUGCGGGAGACACCCUUUUGUUCGAGUUCGAUCCCGGGUUUUACGACGUGAUGCAAGUGUCGAGAACAGAGUACGACGACUGCACGGCGGAUCAGCCGUUUGUUGCCUUCUCCGACGAGGCUCCGGUCGCCGUUCCGCUCAUGGAGUCCGGUGUGUUCUACUAUGUUUGUAGUGUGUUGAAUUAUUGUUCCUUGGGCCAGAAGCUUAACGUUUCCGUCGAACCAGCAGCAAUGCCUUUGCCGCCGUCUCCUGUGCCACUUCCGGCCAAUGGUUGAUGGAUUCGUACGGUUAUUGCCGUCGUCGCACAGUUUCAAUUAUUAACAUUUGACUUAAAGAAAUAGACUAAAGUAGA